CCGCCUGCGCGGCUCCGGCCCGCGUUCCCGCGGAAGAUGGCACUCGCCUGCCGCCCCUGUCCCUCUGCCGCCUUCCCGCCCGCCGCGAGGCACGGGGCGCCCCGGCCCAACCCCUUCCCGCCGUGCGAGGCCGGGCGCUGCUUCCUCCCUUGCUUGCUCGCUCGUCCGCCCGCCGGCAGCAGCAGCAGCGCUGCUCCUCCUCCGUCUUCAGCCCACCCUUCUGCUCCCCCUCCUUCCUCUUCCUCCGCCAACCCCACCCCUCGCCCCGGGCCGGCCCGGCUGCCGGCUGCAGCACGGCGAGGGCUCCCCGCCGGCUUCCCCCGUCCUCACACGCGGCGCACACCUCCUCCUCCUUCCAGCCCGCCCUCUCCCCUUCCUUCCCCCACCUCCGCCCUCCUCCUGGUGACGUCUGGCUCUGCCCGGCUGAAAACUCCGUGCCGCGGCGGAUGCGGCGGCUCUCGGGAGCGCGGCAGCAGCGAAGAUGGUGGCCGCUCCGUGCGCCCGGCGGCUGGCGCGGCGCUCCCGCUCGGCGCUGGUGGCAGCGCUCACCGUGCUGCUGCUGCAGACCCUUCUCGUCUGGAAUUUCACCUCUCUCGACGCCGGCGAGGAGCAGCGAGGAGGCGCCGCCGGCCGCGAGAAGCGAGACCGCGGCGGAGAGCAGCGGGCGCAUCCGCAGCGCCGCGGACCCUCCGCGCCGCACGGCAAGGCGAUGAUUGAACCUCCUAGUCCCUACACCAGCUCCAAGACUCAGGAUGGCUAUUUCUCGCACCGCCCGAAGGAGAAAACGCGCACGGACAGCAACAAUGAGAAUUCUGUCCCCAAGGACUUUGAGAACAUUGACAACAGUAACUUUGCUCCCAGGACUCAGAGGCAAAGCCACCAGUCUGAGCUGGUGAAAAAGCCUCUUAGCAAGCAAAAGGAACACUUGAGAAAGAAACUGGAAGAAGAGAAGAUGAAGGAGCACUUGUUGCUGGGCAAGAACUCCAAUGAGGUGGUGCAGUUCAGUGAUCACCCCAGAAAAAACAGCAGCAAUGAUUUGAAGGAGAUUCACAAGCCUCCCAGGCAGCACCUCUUAAUAAAAGGUGGAAACAGCUCCCCUGAACUGAGCCAGGAGCAAGCACCGAAGUGUGAGGUGACAGGCAAGGAAGCCAUCUCAGCCAUGUCCCGCUCCAAGUUGAAGCAGUGCCGGCAGGAGAUCGCGGAGGCGUUCUGCCAGCACAAGCUGGGCAGGCUGAUGCCGGAGAAGGUGACCCGCUUCUGCACGCUGGAGGGAAAAGCCAACAACAAUGUACAGUGGGAUGAGGACUCCGUAGAGUACAUGCCAGCCAACCCAGUCAGGAUCGCAUUUGUCUUGGUUGUUCAUGGCAGAGCUUCUCGGCAGCUCCAGCGCAUGUUUAAGGCUAUUUACCAUAAAGACCAUUUUUAUUACAUUCAUGUUGACAAGAGAUCCAAUUACUUGCACCGGCAAGUGCUCCAGUUUGCCAGCCAGUACCCAAAUGUGAGAGUCACUUCUUGGAGAAUGGCAACCAUCUGGGGAGGAGCAAGUCUGCUGUCCACCUACCUCCAGACCAUGAGGGACUUAAUGGAGAUGAACGACUGGCCAUGGGAUUUCUUCAUUAACCUCAGUGCUGCCGACUACCCGAUCAGGACAAAUGACCAGCUAGUGGCCUUCCUGUCCAGAUAUCGUGACAUGAACUUCUUGAAGUCGCAUGGGAGGGACAAUGCAAGAUUCAUCAGAAAGCAAGGCCUGGACCGGCUGUUCCUGGAGUGUGACACCCACAUGUGGCGCCUGGGUGACCGGAGGAUCCCAGAAGGAAUUGCAGUUGAUGGGGGGUCAGACUGGUUUCUCCUGAACAGGAAGUUUGUGGAGUAUGUCACUUUUUCUAACGACGAUCUGGUGACAAAGAUGAAGAGGUUUUACUCUUACACAUUACUCCCUGCUGAGUCUUUCUUUCACACUGUUCUGGAGAACAGCCCAUACUGUGAGUCCAUGGUGGACAACAACUUGCGCAUCACGAACUGGAACCGCAAACUGGGUUGCAAGUGUCAGUACAAGCACAUUGUUGACUGGUGUGGCUGCUCACCGAACGACUUCAAACCAGCAGACUUCCACCGAUUCCAGCAGACAGCCAGGCCGACCUUCUUCGCCCGCAAGUUUGAAGCCGUGGUGAACCAGGAGAUCAUCGGCCAGCUGGACGCCUACCUGUACGGCAACUACCCGGCGGGCACGCCCGGCCUGCGCGCCUACUGGGAGAACGUCUUUGAGGAGCCCGACGGCCUGCAGAGCCUCAGCGACGUGGCCCUCACCAUGUACCACGCCUUCGCGCGCCUGGGCCUGCGCCGCGCACAGGCCUCCUUCCACGCCGCGGCGGACAGCAGCUGCCGAUACUACCCUAUGGGCCAUCCAGUUUCUGUCCACCUUUACUUCCUCGCUGACCGUUUCCAAGGCUUCCUCAUCAGGCACCAUGCGACCAAUCUGGCUGUCAGUAAACUGGAGACGCUGGAAACGUGGGUGAUGCCAAAGAAGGUCUUUAAGAUUGCAAGUCCCCCAAGUGAUUUUGGGAGGCUGCAGUUCUCUGAGAUUGGCACCGAGUGGGACGCCAAGGAGAGGCUGUUCCGGAAUUUCGGGGGGCUGCUGGGGCCGACGGACGAGCCAGUGGGCAUGCAGAAGUGGGGGAAGGGCCCCAACGUCACCGUCACCGUCAUCUGGGUGGAUCCCGUCAACAUCAUCGCCGCAACGUACGACAUCCUCAUCGAGUCCAGCGCCGAGUUCACUCACUACAAACCACCUCUGAACCUGCCCCUGCGGCCUGGUGUCUGGACCAUAAAGAUUCUGCACCACUGGGUGCAAGUAGCUGAAACCAAAUUCCUCGUUACUCCUCUCACCUUUUCCAAUCAGCAGCCUAUCAAACAAGAGGAAGCCAUGAAGUACCACAGUGGGCCUCCAAAGAACGCCUACAUGGAGCAGAGCUUCCAGGGCUUGAACCCCAUCCUGAACAUCCCCAUCAGCGCCGCCCACGUGGAGCAGGCCAAGAGGAACGCAGGGCUUGUGGGCGCCCGACUGGAAGCCUGGGUGGACUCUCUGGUCAGCAGCGUCUGGUCGGCCGUGGACAUCUGCAGCACCGGCCCCACCGCCUGCCCGGUCAUGCAAGGCUGCACUCAGACGGCUUGGAGCUCCCUGAGCCCGGACCCCAAAUCUGAGCUGGGCCCUGUCAAACCCGACGGGCGCUUGAGGUAGCGUCCAGCGCGCUCUCCUCUGGCAUAGGUUUUUAAAAGGGAAUUGAACCUUGCUCACCUGUGAACCUCACAGCAGACUCCAGAACCCCCGGGGAGCAGGAUACCUUUUUGUUACUUACUGCAAUAGAAUUCAUUUGGCAAAACCAAGUCCUGACAAGGCCCUUGGCGCUGUCCUCUCCAUCAGCACUGUCAGAGCCACUUCGGUUGUCCCCCAGCCUCUGCUGUUCAGUGGGGCCUUGGCUGUGGCACCUCUGCAGGUUUCAAACAGCAGCAGCAAGUCUUGGGGAGGGCAGUGAAGGAGCAGCUGCUUUUAAACAAAAAAAUGUGUCUGUACCUCUGCUAUUUCCUAGGCUCUCAUUGUUUUGCUACCAUGAAUAAAUCACAGCUCAGUUCCCUUCUGCUCAGCUUUCUGGGGAGGUCACGGCAGGCUAGCGCCUGUGUGGCUGUGUUACCUCUCAGAAGGGCAAGUCAUCACGGUACACCCUCCCCUCUCUCUCUUCUUUCUGCUUUUGGUUGUUUGGUUUUUUUCUGUAAUAACACAAAGCAACUCUGGACUCAGCUAAUGUCUGUUACCCUAGUUAGAGAAAACAAGCAAGAGCAGAAACUUGCAGAGUAUUUUCAGAGAUCAUUUUAGCCUCACUUCCUGACAGACUCUAAAUGGAAGCAGUGUUUGGCUACAUUAGUCUCUUCUGUCUCUCGCAGGCAAGUUCAGGAUCUAGGUACUAAAAGUAUUGGUUUAAAGCAAAAAGAAACAUUUGGGAUUUCAGCCCUUUGAAAUCUGCAGGUUUGUUCCUAAGCAUUUUCAGACUUCCACUACAGCUGUGUGUGUGGAGGCUGGAGUGGUUCAUGACAUGUUUGCUCACACCUUUUGCUGCUUGUGCAUGUGAGCUGAGCUGAGAUUUGCCGCAGCACAUUUCUCCCCUACUGGAGCAGUGCUAGUAGGUCUUAACACUAACUCCCUGCCUUGAUCUCAGAUCUGCCAGCUCUUUGUGAAAGGGGUCUGGAAGGCUCUGCAGGACAUGGGUUCCUGACCAAAGCCACGAGGUGAAUGUGAAGGAGAGCGAUGCCUUGUUCCUCAGUGCUUUUACUUUGUUGACAAACUGCCCUUGCCUGUCUUCAGAAUUGCUGGCAGGCUGCACCUUGUUUCAAAGAGGCAUCAUUUUAAGCUGCAUUUUUUACAGUAGGGAAAAAAAUUCUUUUACAUUCCAAAAACUUUUUUAAGAUGCAGGUUUUAUAUGCAAAUUCAUCUCCAACUAAUGCAUUUCACAUUAGCAUCAAGCGUGCACUUUGUUGUGGUUGCUGUGGUGAUCUCUGUUGAUGUAAUCAAGAAGUUUGCCCUUCUGUGUGCUUGACUAACUUCCUGCUGAUGAGAGUUAAGCAUCCGCAUCAGGAGGGCAGAGACCCUAAACGGUUCCAUGCUCACAUCUCACAGAAAGGUUGAAUUCCCUUUUAAACAACAGUUGCAAGAAGACCGUUAUCAGGCAGAUCCCAGUGGCUUGCAGUGUGUCUCUCCACAGUAUUGGUUUAAAGCUACUUGCAGUUUGCUUUGGACUUGAAAUUGCAGUGUCAGCUGUGCUGGCAUUAAGGUAGAGCAUUGAAAUGUUUAUCUGGCACAAAAGUGGGUGCAUUGGAGGAAGAGUUUAGGUAUUUAUUAUUUAUGUUUUAGUCAAUGACUAAUUAGUAGAUGCUGCUUUUGCAGCUUGAAGAUUAUGUUCUCUUACUAACUGAAGCUGCCUUUGUUAAGAAAAGGCCUUCCUCCCCUCACACCUCCCUUUCUUUUGUUGUCUCGAUUUUGCCGGUCCCGAGAGCUGCAGCUGUGGAAAAGCUUGUAGCAAUGAGCUCUGGGUGAAAUACUGCAGUCAGGAGAAGGUCCCAGCUUUUCAGCCAGCUCUGCAGGCAGGGGUGUUUAGCACCAGGGUGUAUGUAACAGCACAGUGUGAGUGCUUGUUUGGCUGAGACUUUUUAGCAGUGCUUGUUUUUAGUCUAACAUUGCUUCAUGAAGGUCACAUCUUCUGGGGACCACCAAUCCUCACUGUGAAGUCCAGGGCUUGAGUCACACAGAUGCAACGGCAGCUGCACAGUUCAAGUCCUGCAGAUGACAUUAAGGACAUCCUGUGUAGGGCACACAGUAGAACUUGUCACCAAUCCUAGGCAGCGAUGGUUCUCCAUAAGGCUGCUGGGCUAGCGGCAGAGUCUUCAGUCCACCUUGCACGUAAGCUAUGUAUAGGGGUGCGCCCACACAUGCCUGCAGAUAACUUGGGGUUUCAAUUUGAUACUUUCUCUGUUCUUAAGCAGGAAGGUUUUUAAAUGCUUUGUUGGCAAGUUUCCGUUAUUAGCUAGACCAAGCAGAAGGUGGCAACAAUCCCAUCUUUUGUGGCUAGAAGAAAGUCUGCCACUUUCAUCAUUUAAAGUGUCAGGCGCAACUUGUAUUGUUUAAGUAAGAAAAGGAAACGGAAACACACAAAUGGUUGCUGAUGUGUCUAUUUACAUGGUAGGCUAGGUUUAAAAUGCCUCAAAAUGUAUAUUAGCUUAUUUUUUGAAAGACAAAAAGCAUCUACACAAAGAGGGCUUGUAACAAGCUGGCCAUCCCAGGGCUGCUGUUACAACAAAUGAUGUAAAUUAACUGAAGAGGCUGAGCCUGCCUCAGGCAAAGCUUCCACAGGCUCCUAAUGCCUAGGAAGGACUUUAGAGCUGAGUCCAGCACAAACAAAAGGUGUGACUCUGCGCUGUUUGUAAAGGCUGUGUUUGAAGGCAUCAAAGCACCAGCAGCCGUGUCUGGAACAUCUUCUGGGGGCUGUGUCAAGUUUUGACUCUAACCACCAGCCUCCACUAGAGCUGUGAAUGUGCAGGCACAGGGACAUGUCAGAUAGGGACACCAUCUGACUUACACCGUCCUGUAGUUGAGAAGCAAACCCCUUAGGGAUCAGAGCUUGCUCCAAGCUGAUACUGGAGUGGUGCUACAAAGACCAAUGUCAGGCUUUGUGGCUUUUCUGGCCCUGAAAUGACAGGCAUUUGGAGCCUGUGAUAAAUAUAAUCUAUUGCUAGAAGAGAAUAACUUCACAGAUGUUACAUUUGGUGAAAAGGAGACCUCAGAGCAGGGACCCACAGUUCAUACAAAGAAGUGAGCUGUGCAUCUUCGUUCAGUUUGCCAGGGUUCUUUCCCAGUUGCACUGGCUAUCCCCAGCUGACCCGCGCUCCGGCUGAGAGCCGGCCUGCACCAGCAUCCCUCUCCGGGGGAGAGGGGUGUAUGUGCACACGUUUGACCUCUCUGUGGUUUGCUGUUUCAGCUCUGCCCGUGCUGCACAACAGUCGUGUAAUGUUCCUGUGAGCACUCACCGUUAGACAGAAAGGGGAUGUGGCCGCAUGCAGAGCAGCUACGCAGAUAUUUACUGGCUCAGCUCCAAAGCCAGUUUUAGCUUUGUGCAGAGCUGUGUGUCUGGGAAUGUUCAGCCUUCAGGCUAACAGCAACAGCUCCGCUGCCAGUUCAUUUUCAGGUUUGUCCAGUUCUUUCUUUGAUGGCAUUUGGACGUGAAGUAGCGAUGGUUACUGUACAAGUUUUCUUUAGAGUUGAAAUGAUGCCUUCAUUUUGUUGUGCUCUUGGCAAGCAGAGAAUCUGCACAAUCCCUUCGUGGUGCACAAGCAGGUCCCCCUGCGUCUCUGCCGACCUCCUUGCUGAGCCUAGAGAUAGAGGAGUGUGCAUCCGUGUGUUUCAAAUUGACUUUCCUGGGUGGUGGCUUCAGUGCACACUGCAUGUGCAGCUGCUUAGCAGCAUAUUAACAGUCACCCUGCAGCACUUGCAGAAAGGCUGAUGUGUGUUCACCUCCUGUCCAUCUCCUCCAGCACUAAUUGCAAUGCUGAUAAAGUCUCCAUCACUCUUAGCUACAGUUAUAGUGACCAGAGUAGUGAAGUCAGUGAAUCAGAACGGAGAUCUCCUGAACCCAACUAAAGGGAGAAAUAAAGGGUAAAGAAGAUGCUGGAACUUUGCAGAAGUUUGGCACAGUUACGCUCCAACAGAACUCUGAGCAAACUGAGCGUCUUCUGCACAGCAAGGCUGAGACACUGAUACUGUGGGAGUUCAGCCUUGACUUCCCAGAUGAAAGGAAAAUAAGACCCAGGGUUUUAUUGUAGCAAGGCAGUGAGGAUCAAUGUUCUGUUGGUCUCUGGUUCUCCUUCAUCACAGCUGUUGGAGAAGUGCCAGCUUGCUGCUGGCUAUCACAAAUCCCUCAUUGUCUUCCCAGAUCCCAAAGCUUCAGGAGUUGGCUCUAUGAAACCUUGGCCAACUGCUUUCCAUUGCACUGCUUUCCACUGAGCAGGAAGUUUCGUACUUGUGUGAGCCAAAUUCCUUAGGCUUCUUCAAAAACCCCAGCUGCAAAUCAGAAAAGUUGCUUUUCAGAGCAGCCUUAAGCCAGCUAAGCACCAAGGCACAUGAAGGAUCUGGUAAGAGAUAGCAGAGAUCUUCUCCUGGGUUUCAGACACAAGUAUUUAAUUUAUGUAGCACUAGUCUGGUUAUUUCAGCAACAGAGUAACAGCAGCCUGGUAAAAAGUGGCAUUUCCCACCGGCCUGUGCUUCAGCCUGCUUGUGAGAAGCCAGUGAUCCAUAUGUGCUUUUAUUUCAGCCACUCAGGAUCUCCAAGAUAGCCUUGAGGGUUUGCAGGAUAUUACAUUAAACCCUUGCCUGUUAACAGUGGAAAACAUCAUAUGAAACACUCCGGACCAAAUCCUCAGGCUUCUGCCACGACAGCUGCAGGGCUGAUGCCCGCAGGGAGGCUAGGAGCAGUGUAGUAUUGGAGGGGACAGGACACUGCCCUUUUAGGGGCCCAGCAGGAGUUUCUGAGAGCAGGGAUACCUGCCUCAGGGUGCCCGCUGAGGGCAGUUGCUGCUGCAGCCAGGCACAGAGGAGCCCAACAAAUGUGACUAGAAGGGUAGAGCCCUUUGAAACCCUUCACCACCACCGCUGCAGUAAAGGGUCGAAGAAUCAGCCUGAGAGCUUUUCAAAUGGAGGCAACGAGAUCUUACAGCCUGUAUUUCCAGGCCCACAGCAGCACUAGGCCAUCUCCAGCUAAGUGUGUUGGCAGUGAUUAACCCUCACCAUGUGGCACUUGCAGGUACUGUGUCAAUUGUGUCCCUUUAUCCUAACAGUAGUGUGUAGAUCACUCUGCUCUGCUUCUGCCUUUGUUACCUUCUUUUGCUCAUGGGUGCUAUCACAGCUGCUACCUCACUGUGUCUGCAAACGUUUACCUGAUAACAACAAAGGUACCAAGAAAUCUCCUUGAACUGAAUGUACAAUCUAUGCAAAUUCUCCUUCUACUUUGUUCAAACCUAGAAGUAUUACUUAUAACCUUGCCAGGCAAACAGCAAGAUACUGUACAGGUGCCUCUGAUAACAGAGUGACGAUUCUCGGCGCGGUUCAUUGCGCUGCCUUUGUACAUUGUAAGGACUUGUCUUUGGUUCUGUUGUGACUAACACCCUCACCUGAGAAGCUGGCGAGCUCCUGCUCCGGGAGCACCUGCAGCUUGCUGGGAAUAUUCUGGAGGAGGAUGUCUGUGGUAUUUCACUUUGUUUCGCUGCGUGCAUCCAAAGGAAGGCACAGACCUGCUGGCCAAGACGAGGAUGUUGUGUCAGAUUGUUCCCUGGGUGUAUCCUGUCAGCUUCGUCUGGCCCCCUGGCUGUUCCCAUUGUGGCAUCAGUGUGCUGCCCCUCAAAGAAAGCCUUACUUUCAUCCUUUCUAAAUAUGGCCUUAAACUGCAUUGGGAGGUUUGAUGUUGUCUGUGUCUUGCUCACUUUUUCUGUUGGUUGUGGAAUGAAUAAAAGGCACCUUGAGAUUUCUAUUACAGCUCAGUUGUGUUGCUGUCAGCUUACACUUCACCAAUACAAUAGAAAUUGCUUACAAAUGCAGCCUUUGAGGGAAGAAAAUGACCUUCCCUUCGGGCAAGAGGGAGGCUCAGACCUUCAUAUAAACCUUAGGAAAUUAUGAGCUUUGCCUUUUGCAACUUGCUGCAGAUAAGGAAGAUUGAUUUAUUUACCUACAAAGUACAAACUUAAUAACUUCUAAUUUAUCUUCAGCCUGUAAGAGGACAGACUGCUUGCAGAUGCAAAAGGCAAACUGGAGACUAAGUCACUCACUCUGGCACAGCCUAGUAGCAUUCCCUUCAGACUGGUGCUGGGAGAAGACUUCUCCUCGUAAUGGUGGGGUCUUAAAAUGCGCAGGGUGUCACCAGAUGGGGCCAGGUUUUGAGUGAUGGUUGGGAGCCCAGCGGUGCACUCCGGAAGGAGAGGAGCCUGGCUGGAUCAUCCCAGUCAUAAAAGCAUUUCCAAAACAUCCAGCUUUGGGAGCUUCACCCAAAGGUGGUCAGAGGUGGCAGAAGGGAAGGGCUUCUGCUGAGGUUUGUCUGUGCUGGGUUUCUUUGCUGCUCUUCUCCAUGAGCACUGUCGUGUUGCAGUAGUGCCAAUAUUCCCGGCAGGCUGCAGUGCUUCCAGGAAUCCCGAAUCCAGACGUGGACACGACCCAAAGGCGACUCAGAAGGGUUUACAUGGGAAACGAGUAAGAACUAAUUCAAGUUCAUGAAAUUAUUACUCUGGCUUUGUCCUUUUGCUUUGGGUUGAUUGGAUUUUUGUAUCGCCUAACGCAGACCACAGUAGGUUAUUUGCAGGGACUGGUGGUGAUAAGAGUUUUGAGAAGUAACUAUUUUGUUAUAGACCACAAUGUGCAUACAACUGUACAGAACUAUUUUGUAAGCUGUUGGCUAAGAAAAGGAAAAACCCCACAGUCCCAUGUAUAUAGAGCAAAACUACAACCAGAACCAGUAGCAGUGACUGGGAUCUCCAGUGGAAGAGCUGAGCAAUGUAGAUAUUUUGCUCUUUAUUUAACGGCGUGUUUUAUGAGCGGUCAGGAUGUCUCAAGCGGAGCGGUAGUCAAAGCUCAAAGUCAGAAUGCUUUUCUGGGUGCAGAAUGUGACUUUCAGCGAUGAUUGCACUACUCACUUCUGCACCCUUCUGUCCUUUACCUGUCAGAAAACAACGUGCCUUAGCUGGAGCCUUUGGCAGUGGGAGUGUGGGGGAGGGGGCAGGUUGGGGUUUUUUUUGGUCCGCCAAAUUGUUUUCAGCCGAGGAGUGGCUGUGUGAGUGCUGUAUGAUCCCAGCCCACUGCGGGUGUACAGAAAUGCUCUCAGACGCUGUUUCAGAUGCAGACUUUUUGAAUAAAAUUUCAAACCAAACCCAGAA